AUGGCGGACCGUUAUUCCUUCUCCCUCACCACUUUCUCCCCCAGCGGAAAGCUGGUCCAGAUUGAAUAUGCCUUGAACGCCGUCAACACAGGCGUCACAGCGCUGGGUAUCAAAGCUACGAAUGGAGUUGUCCUUGCUACCGAAAAGAAAUCGUCGUCUCCUUUAAUCGAUCCUCCCUCCCUGGAAAAAGUCGCUCUAGUCACGCCGGAUAUUGGAAUGGUCUAUGCUGGCAUGAGCCCUGACUACCGAGUUCUCGUCGACAAGGCCCGCAAAGUCUCUCACACCGGCUACAAGCGCAUCUACAACGAAUACCCGCCUACACGUAUAUUGGUCCAAGACGUCGCCCGUGUUGUUCAAGAAGCCACACAGUCCGGAGGUGUUCGCCCAUACGGUGUCAGUCUGCUUAUCGCAGGAUGGGACGAGGGUGUCGAGCCCGAAGCUGAGCAGGCUACGGAAGAAGGUAGUGAAAAGAAAGUGAGUGGCAAGACUGGUGGCAUUCUCAAGGGUGGCCCAAGUCUAUACCAGGUCGAUCCCAGCGGGAGCUAUUUCCCAUGGAAAGCCACGGCAAUUGGCAAAAGCGCGACGAGCGCUAAGACCUUUCUUGAGAAGCGAUACACCGAGGGUUUGGAACUGGAAGAUGCUAUCCACAUUGCUCUGUUGACAUUGAAAGAGACGAUCGAAGGCGAAAUGAACGGCGAGACUGUCGAGAUUGGUAUCGUCGGACCCCCUGCGGAUCAUUUGCUGGGCUACCAAGGAGUAGAGGGUGCCCGAGGGCCACGGUUCAGGAAGCUCACCAAGGAGGAGAUUGAAGACUACUUGACCAAUCUAUAG